AUGUCGCCGGGCGGAGGAGGAGCGGGCAGCAAGGGACCGCAUCCGUCGUCGUCGUACAAAUCGGUCCCCGUGUUGAUCGGAACUGAAACGUCUGGUGAGUCGAGUUCUAGGGCGUGUCAGUACGUCUUUGGCUUUUUUCAUCACGAUUAGUGAUAUUGAUGUUAAAAAAGACACAGACGAGCCUUUUCCUACCUAGUAACAAUAAAAAUAGAUGAUAAAAGUGGCCGUAAAAUCAGAAAUAUGCAUUUGACCCGAUCUCAGCUCCUUUAGCGAUCAAACAAAUUCCGGCGGACGCGACACGCAUCGAAUGCGGCAGCUACACGUCGGCCAACUCGUACAGCAUUGAUCAGCUGCCGGAACAGCCGAUGAUCGGAGGAUUCGUCGGAGUGCCGAACGGGGAUGUAAGGAGUUUUGAAAAAGAGCGAUUAUUGAUUGAUUGGGGAGUUUUUGCAGUUGGAAGCACACAUUGCGGACGCGUGCAAGGACAUUUCGAGCGACGACGACGAGGAGAAGAAGCGGAAGAUGGCGUCGGCGGAGAGGGCGGGGCCGAAGAACAACGACGACAUUAUCGAGGAGUUCUUCGACACGGAGUCGUCGGCGCCGUUCGCUCGCAACGGAUCCGCGGGCAAGGCGACGUCGGCGAAGAAAAAGAAGACUCCGCCGGCUUCUGCGCCUCUUCCGGCCAUGCCAUCCGCCUCCUCGGCGCCAUCAAAAUCCUCGAAAAGGACAAACGGGUCUCGCCGCGAAAAAUCGAACGAUUCGGACGAUUUCAGCUGCUUCGACAUGGAGGAUAUUUGA